AAAGAGUCGUUUGAAGACGAGGCUUCGGAACACGACUCCCUCGCGAGGCUCCACGUUGAGCGGAUCGCAGCGCGCGCGCUGGAACUAAGAUUAAAGUUAAACUAGUUACAGAUGAAACGCGCCGAACAGCUUUGCGUUUUUCCCGCCAGGUUUCCUCUGUGAUCGCGUGUGUCCUCCCUCCUGCUGUGUGUGUGUUCAGAGCUCUGCCCCGGUGGUGUUACACUGGGAAGAGAAAGUUUGUAUCGAGUGCUGGAGAAGUUUCAGGUUUUCUCCUACACAGAGCUGGAAGGAGAAAAAAAAAAACCGACUUGCAACUUGGACAAAACCUGAAAAAGUCGGAUUCGGGAUUAUUCUUAAAGGUGUGAAUAUCUGAAGGCUCCUUCCACACCUUCUGGACAUCUGACAGGUGGUGGUCUUCAAUCAGCUGCUGGAGAGGAGAACCAGGGAAGAGCAUGCGGAGCAUGUGGAGCAGGAAAGCUCUGGAUUAUGGUGACUGGGAGACACUAUGAGAGAGUGUGUGUGGUGUGUGGAGUGUGUGUGUGUCCUGGUUGGAGGUAGUGUUUGCCUCUGAUGGAGUUGCAGGCGAUCUGUGGCCUGCUCUACUGCGUCCUGCUGCCCACUGCACUGCUGGCAGCUUCUCUGUUUCGCUACAACGCCCUUUCUUUAGUCUACCUUCUGUAUCUGCUGCUGCUGCCAUGGUUCACCAGGCCCAACAAACAUACAGCACGAGGACACACAGGGCGAUUUGUCAUUGCUUUGUUCAGCACCAGUCUGCUGUUCCUCCUCGCUCAUGUCUCCUUCCAGAUCUGUCUCUUUACCGUCCCGGGCCUGGAUGAUGCUCUGGGACACAACUGUAGCACAUGGGAGACUCUGGCGAGGCACAUCGGGGUCUCCAGAAUAUCACUGGAUGAUCCCUUGAACGCUGUGCGUCUCCUGUCCCCGGACCUGGGCGUGUUCAUCAUGUCUCUGAUCACCAUGGUGCUGUGUAAGCGCUUGCUAAAGAGGCCAGAUGGAGACCCGGUGGAACACGGCUUCCAUCAAGAGGAGCCCCAAACAGAUGAUGAAGUAGAGGAGGAGGAUGAAGAGGGUGAUGAUGAUGAGGAUGAAGAGGACAGGAAGGAGGAGAAGACCAGAGGACCGGCUCAGCUGUGUGCUCAGCUCAGAGCUACAAUCCAGCGAUUUCUCCACAAUAUGGGCAGAGUUCUGGCCAUCAUACUGCUGGGGCUGGCUGGUAUCACGUUGCCCUCGGCUUUCUCCUCCGUCUACUUCCUGCUCUUCAUCAUAGUGUGUACCUGGUGGGCCUGCCACCUUCCCAUCAGCCACCUGGGCUUCAAUGCGCUGUGUGUGAUGGUGGGCUUGUUCACAGCCGGACACUUGGUGUGUCUGUAUUUGUACCAGAGUACAGUGGCACAGAGCUUCCUCACCCCGAGCAGCCUGUGGGCCAGACUUUUUGGCCUGAAGAACAUCGUUAGACCUUUUAAUUGCUCCUCCCACUCCGAUGACCUCAUAUUCAACACGGAGCAUGAUUGGCCGGUGUACCUCAACCCAGGCAUCCUCUUUCUCCUCUACAUCAGCGUGGUAACGGUCCUGAAGAUGAGCAUUCCUGGGCACGUGGAUAAGAAAGAGGGUGUGGGAGAGGAGGUGGAGCUUAUGCUAUGGGGGACGGACCAAAAAACCCCUGAAGAUGACACUAAGAGAAUGUUGCUGACUUCAGGUGAAAGUCCUGGACAGGAAACUGACACGAACGAUGCCAAAGCCCACGGCACCAACGGUUCCAGUCAACAAGACCUCGGUCCCAGUACAGAAACAGAGCAGCAGCAGGACAGUCCUAUACGAUUAGCAGGGAGGAUGAUCAUGCAGCAGAGUUACAUCGGUGCUCUCAUCGCUAUGAUGGUAUGGAGUAUCACCUAUCACAGCUGGUUGACGUUUGUGCUGCUCUUAUGGGCGUGUGUGAUCUGGAUGCUUCGAGCUCGCCGCCACUUCGCCAUGCUCUGCUCGCCCUUCCUCCUGCUCUACGGCCUCGUCCUCUGCAGCCUGAACUAUGUCUGGGCCAUGGACCUGGAGCAUGAACUUCCAAAACAUCUGGGCUCUAUGAGCCUGAGGCAGAUGGGACUGGACCGAGCACCUUAUCCCUGUCUACGUCUGGGAGCCAUGCUGCUGUUCAUGCUGACAUUCUGGCUGCUUUUACGACACUCAGUAAAGGAUAAGUUUGGGAGGAAGAAGAAGCAGAGCGUCCCGCUUGAGGAGGUCACUACUGGAGAGGCCGCAGGUCAUGAUGACUCCAUCUUAAAGCUGCUCGGGAGGGUGGUGAUGAGUCUUUAUGCCAAGUAUUGGAUCUAUGUGUGUGGAGGAAUGUUCAUCAUGGUGAGCUUUGCUGGGAAACUGGUGGGCUAUAAGAUCGUCUACAUGCUCCUGUUUCUGCUCUGCAUGUGCCUCUACCAGGUGUACUACUCCCUAUGGAGAAGGCUCCUAAAGCCAUUCUGGUGGUUGGUGGUGGCCUACACCAUGUUGGUUCUCAUUGCCAUCUACACCUACCAGUUUGAGGACUUCCCACACUACUGGAGGAACUUCACCGGCUUCACAGAAGACCAGCUCGCAGACAUCGGCCUCGAGACGUUCAAGCUCUCCGAGUUGUUCAGCAGUAUUUUGAUUCCUGGUUUCUUCUUGCUGGCAUGCAUCCUGCAGCUGCACUACUUCCACAAGUCGUUCAUGAAGAUCACGGAUCUGGAGAACAUCGCACCACUGCACAGAAAGAGGUCUGCCCUCAAGAAGGAUGGCGUAGGCUUUGAGGAGGAAGAUCUAACAGCAGAGCUGGGAGAUGAUGAAUCAGAAGAUGGAGUGAUGGUUCCCAGUAAGUGGGGUCUGGUGAUGGACAGACUCAUGGUGCUCUUUAGGAAGUUCCUGGACAUCCUUACCCACGUUGAGGUUUUUCUCUGGCGUGUCCUGGAGUUCCACAUCUUCAAAAUCGUUGCUCUGUUUGUCAUCUGGGUGGCGCUUGCAGAGCCGUCUGUGAUGAACUUGGUGUUGGUUGUAUUGUGGUCAUUCGCGAUGCCCUUCACCCGGUUCAGACCCAUGGCCUCUUGUCUAUCUACCGUCUGGGUUUGUGUCAUCAUCGUCUGCAAGAUGCUCUACCAGCUCAGCAUCGUCAAACCUGAGGAGUACUCCAACAACUGUACAGUGCCUCUGACUAAUGAGACGAGCCUGAACGCUGAUGAGAUCCUGAGCUCCACGCUUUACAAAGCACCUGUAGAUCCAGCUAACUGGUUUGGCUUCAGGAAGGCCACAACUGCUUUGGGCUACAGUAAGAACCAUCUGAUGGUGCUGCUGUUACUGGUAUUCGAGGUGACCGUGUACCGCCACCAGAUCCACCACUUCAAGCAGAUCCAGCGCACUCCUCCGUCCAUCCAGGCUAUCUUCCCACAAUCCACACGCGACAAACUGGACGAGGGGAUCCUGCCGUGCAUCAGAUACCUCCUCAACUUCGGCUUCUUCAAGUUUGGCCUUGAGCUCUGCUUCCUGAUGACCGUGAAUGCGAUUGGCCAGCGCAUGAACUUUCUGGUGAUUAUCCACGGAUGCUGGUUGGUCGCCAUCAUGGUGCGGCGGCGCCGCGAAGCCAUCGCUCAGAUUUGGUCGAAAUACUGCAUCUUCCUGGUCAUCUUUAUGAUCUAUCAGUACAUCCUGUGUGUGGGAAUGCCUCCUGCUCUCUGUAUCGACUACCCCUGGAGAUGGAAAAACUCAGUCACCAUUAACUCCGCUCUAAUUAAAUGGAUCUACCUGCCCGAUUUCUACAUGAUCCCCAAAUCCAAGAACCUCAUUGCGGACUUCCUGCUGCUCAUGUGCGCCUCGCUGCAGUGGGCGGUUUUCGAGAACGAGAAGAAAGAGGAAUGGAUGGUGAUGGGAGGAGAGAAUAAGGACAACCCUGACCCCAUGGAGGACAUGCUGUUUAACCCAGCACCGAAUUUCACCAACUGCAGAUCGUACCUGGACAUGGCGAAGGUCCUGGUGUUCCGCUACAUGUUCUGGUUCGUGUUGGCCGUGGUGUUUGUGACGGGCUCGACUCGGAUCAGCGUGUUCGGUCUGGGCUAUCUCAUGGCCUGCUUUUUUUUCCUGCUGUACGGCAGGCGGUUGAUGGUCAAACCCUCGCGGACACGCCUGCUCAUGUGGGACUGCCUCAUCAUCUACAACGUGGGAGUCAUCAUCUCCAAGAAUGUUCUGUCUAUCCUGGCCUGUGUGUUUGUAGCUGAGAUGCAGGCCCGGUUCUGCUGGGUGAUCCAACUUUUCAGUCUCGUCUGCACAGUCAAAGGCUACUAUGAUCCCACAUCUCUGAGUGGUAAGGAGUGCAGUUUGCCUGUUGAGGAAGCAGGCAUUAUCUGGGACAGCAUCUGCUUCUUCUUCCUCCUACUGCAGAGGAGAGUCUUCCUCAGUUUCUACUUCGUGCAUGUGACUGCAGAUCUGCAGGCGUCUGCUCUACAGGCAUCACGGGGAUUCGAGUUGUUUAACGCCAGCAUUAUAAAGAAUGUGCGUUUUUAUCAGCAGACAGAGAAGAAAUCCAUUCAGCAGCUGAAGCGCUCGAUGAAGCGAAUCCGUGACAAGCAGCAGCGCUAUAAAGAGGGACGGAAACUUUCUGAAAAAGAGCAGCAGACGUCAGAGUCCCAGGAAGAGAAGAAGGAGAGGAAGAAGAAAAAAGAUUGGCAUCGGCCCUGGAUAGAUCAUGCAACUGUACUGCAUUCUGGGGAUUACUACUUGUUUGAAUCAGACAGUGAGGAUGAGGAGGUCUUAGAAGAGGAGCAGAAACAGUACAAACAGACUGCAUUUCAGUUGGCGUACCAGGCAUGGGUGACGAGCGCUAAACAGGCACUACGAGAGCGACAACAGAGACAGAAGGAACAGAGACUGGAGCGGGAGAGACACCAGGAGAUUUCCCAGACCUCCUCAGAUGUCGUCGAGGAUGAAGAUCCGGUUUUUGAACAACAGGAAUCUCAACAGGAAGAGGAAGCAGAGCAGGAGGAAGUAAUGGAAGUGGAAGUAGAGGAAGGUGAGGAGUCAGGUUCCAGCAGCGAUACAGUGCAGAGGAUCCUGGAUGUUCUAAAGUUCUUGUGGGUGCUCUGCUUGGCCAUGGUGGACAGCUUCACACUGUGGCUCAACCUGCUCAACAAGCAGCAUGUGGACACCUCAACCGUCCUGUGUGAGGAACGCUACCUGCUCAUCCACAAUAUCAGCCAGGUCAGGCACGACCUGACACGACAGAGGCAUGCAAGCGAGCCCACGGAUGACCAGCUGUCUGAGGACAGUGAAAGCCUCACUCUGGACACGUGUCUGGACGAGACCGAUACUGACCUUCUCAACAUCAGCCGUACUGCCAGUGCUGAUGAGCUCGAUGGUAUCACUGAGUUUGAGGAGCUGCGACCCCACAGCGGCAUGACUCUGUGCUCACAGCCCACUGUGGACCUGGAGUCAGAAACGCACUCCCCACGGCACCAACGCAAAUCCAGAACCGCCAGUGAACUUCUCAAAGACAGGCACUACGUAAUCGAGGAACUGAUUGAGAGUCGAGCGUUCUACACUACUCAGAACCGGCCGCUGAAGCUCAUUUUCGCGCUGUGUAACGCCGUGGCCGCGCACUCUGAGCUUGUCUGCUACUUCAUUAUGGUUCUGAACAACGUGGUCACGGCCUCGGUCAUAUCGCUGGUGCUGCCCGUCCUCAUCUUCCUGUGGGCCAUGCUGUCGGUGCCGCGGCCCUCAAAGAGGUUCUGGAUGACUGCUAUCGUUUACACGGAGGUCAUGGUGGUCCUGAAGUACCUCUUCCAGUUCGGUUUCUUCCCCUGGAACAGCGAAUAUGAGAUGAGACUGAACGAGAACAAGCCUUACUUUCCUCCGCGGAUUCUCGGCCUGGAAAAAACCGACAACUACAUCCGCUAUGACCUGCUACAGCUCCUGGCUCUUUUCUUCCACCGAUCUUUGCUCCAGCGUUACGGUCUGUGGGAUCAUGAGGGGCCUCUGGAGGAGGAGAAGGAGAAGAAGAAGAAAGCUGAAGAGGUGACUGAGGACAAAACCCUGGAAGCAGAACCCGAACCGGAUGCAAACACAGAAAACCAGACGGAGCCCGAGGAGAACCAACAUGCAGAAAUCACACCUGAACCUGAAGAGCCCAAGAAAAAAAGCAGAUUCCUGCGUUUCCGCAAAAAGAAGUCCGUAGAUAAAGACGCCGCCGCAAAAGAAGCCAAGAAGAAGAAGAAGAAGGUUAAAGGUCAGCGAAGAAAGGAAGCCGGCAUAAAGCUCAAAGCUUUUGGGGAGAAACUUAAAGGCUUUUUCAUCUCUGUCGUGAGGAGCAUUUAUAAACCCACACAGACGUUCAUCCACAACAUCCUGCAUACUGAGUACCGAGCGGCUACUGAUGUCUACGCUCUGAUGUUCCUCACCGACGUGGUGGAUUUCAUCGUCGUCGUGUUCGGCUUCUGGGCUUUCGGAAAACAUUCAGCUGCUACAGAUAUCGCCAGCACACUUUCAGACGACCAGGUUCCCGAAGCGUUCCUCGUCAUGCUCCUCAUUCAGUUCAGCACCAUGGUCAUCGACCGCGCUCUCUACCUGCGCAAAGCCGUGCUUGGAAAACUCAUCUUCCAGGUCAUCCUAGUGCUGGGCAUCCACAUCUGGAUGUUCUUCAUUCUCCCUGCAGUCACUGAGAGGAUGUUCAGCCAGAAUUUCGUGGCCCAGCUCUGGUACUUUGUCAAGUGCAUUUACUUCACUCUGUCUGCGUACCAGAUCCGCUGCGGCUACCCGACUCGCAUCCUUGGGAACUUCCUCACGAAGAAGUUCAACCACCUCAACCUCUUCCUCUUUCAAGGGUUCCGUUUGGUUCCAUUCCUGGUGGAGCUGCGGGCCGUAAUGGACUGGGUCUGGACCGACACCACUCUGUCUCUCUCCAACUGGAUGUGUGUGGAGGACAUUUAUGCAAACAUCUUCAUCAUAAAGUGCAGUCGAGAGACUGAGAAGAAAUAUCCUCAACCAAAGGGUCAGAAAAAGAAGAAGAUAGUGAAGUAUGGAAUGGGUGGAAUCAUCAUCUUUUUCCUCAUCUGCAUCAUCUGGUUUCCACUACUCUUCAUCUCUUUGGUCAGAUCAGUUGUGGGGGUGGUCAACCAUCCAGUAGAUGUAACUGUGGCAUUCAAGUUGGGAGGUUAUGAGCCCCUGUUUACGAUGAGUGUUCAGCAACCGUCUAUCCACCCUUUCACCGAAAAGGAUUACGAUCGUCUCACUGAGCAGUUUAAAAGUAACGCCGUGGCCAUGCAGUUCAUAACGCUGUACAGCUACGAGGACAUCGUUACAGCCAACAUUGAAGGCAGCUCCGGCUCGGUGUGGAGAAUCAGCCCCCCCAGCAGACAGGAACUGAUCAAAGAGCUGCUGAACAGUCCGGCAGACAUAACGCUACGUCUGGCCUGGAACUUCCAGAGGGACUUGGGGAAAGGGGGGACGGUGGAAAACACUUAUGACAAGCACUCCAUUAAUUUGGAACCUGGAGACCCUGUGAGAGCAGACCUCGCGUCGCUGCUGCUCGGGAAUCGCACGGAGCCCGUCCGAGUCUCUCACAUAUUCCCAAACUACAUCAGAGCCCCGAACGGAGCCGAGGCCAAACCUGUCAGCCAGCUGUACCAGGGAGAUGAGGAGGGCUAUCAGGACGUGACGCUCUCUCUGAUGAGGGAUGGAUCCCUGAACGGCACAGGAGCUCAGGAGUGGUGGGACAUCAGUAUCGCAGACUGCGACGUGUCUGCAGGAGCCUGCGGGGUUUUACCCAUGGUCAUCUUUAAUGAUAAAGUCAGCCCACCCAGCCUGGGCUUCUUGGCUGGAUAUGGGAUCAUGGGUCUGUACGUUUCCGUCGUGCUGGUGAUCGGCAAGUUCGUGCGUGGUUUCUUCAGCGAGAUCUCCCACUCCAUCAUGUUCGAGGAGCUUCCGUGCGUCGACCGCAUCCUCAAGCUGUGCACGGACAUCUUCCUGGUGCGCGAGACGGGCGAACUGGAGCUUGAGGAAGAGCUCUACUCCAAAAUCAUCUUCCUCUACCGAUCACCAGAGACUAUGAUCAAAUGGACCAGGGAGAAGGACAACUAGCGUCGCGCUAUUUACAGACUGCCCUCAGCGUGGAGCGGCUCGGUGCAGGAACGUCCUGCGCUCAUGUCCUUCUCUUUAGGCCUUUUAGGACCCUGCUGGAUGUGCAGAACUUCAGGGCGAAUUCUCCGCUGUGAAUGUGAUGGCGUUUCAAUGAAUUGCAGAUGUUUUUCCUGAGCUGCACGGGGCGGUGUUUGUGUUUAUGAGACGAACAAGAAGUCAGGUUCUGAAAACUGACCUUAAAAAAAAGCUGAAAUUAAUUUCAGAAACGCGCCCAAUUCUGACCUUUAGUGAGGAAACACUACGGUAACGUAACGAUAGUCAACUGCUGGGAGAGAACAAAGAACACACACUAAAACUGUUUACAUAAAGAACGCACCAUGCAGGAAAACUUACUUACAAAUGGUUAUUUUUGGGAGAAAAUGUAUGACUUGAAGUUGGUGCAGGAAAAGAAACGGCUGUACGUUAGAGCAGUGUUCCUGAAACGUUCCCCUCUUUAGUUUUGCACUGUAGUUAGAACACUGGUAUUGUGAGAACAACGUCCUCAAAUCACUCGUGUGGUUCCUCGUCAGCGACGUCGCCUCGCCGCUCCAGUGCAAAACUAAAGCAGGAAACGCAAACCCGUUUCUUCUGAAUGACUACCGGGGGGAGGGGAGGGGAGGGGGAUAGAGAGAGAUAUAUAGAAAAAUGUUUUAUGCCAAACUGUUCCUUUAAAUUACACUUUUGACAUUUUUACAAAACAGUACACAAACCAUUUCAUUUUCAAUAACGGGAGGGUUUUACUGCGCAGGUUAUUCGCCUUUAUAUUUAUUCACACGGGCCUCGUUUUCUAAAAAUGACCUUGAAAUGCUGAUUUUAUUUUAAUUUUUUUUUCAAAUUGAACACAUAGAUAAAUAAUUAAAAUCCAUGAUCCACAUCUGUACGCUGAUUCCUGCUUUCUGUUCCUCUUCAGAAAGCAUUUCCCUGAAAUAGUGCAUGCUGAAAUGACUUGCAGUAAAUCAAUAAAGCAUGAAUUUAUAAAUGA